AUGAAUGCGUGUAGUAAAUGUGGUGGUUCUAGGGUUUGUGAGAGUGGAGGAGGUAAUGAUAAUGGUGUUAGUUGCUUCAAUCACACCAACGAGUGUUACAGUGAUGCAAACUGGGGCAGAACUUUGGAGCUCAAUAACCCAAGGUUCAGUUCUGUCAAUGUUGCCACUUGUCAUGCAAAUUUUCAACAGUUUGUUGUUUCUGAAAUUCCUCCACCAGCUAUGCCUUGGUCUACAAGUGUUAAUUAUGAUGGUAUACCUUUUUUUUAA